AUUCUCAGCCGUUUAUUCGCGAUAUCGUUGUCAUGUUUUUUUAUGUUUCCAUUUUCAUUGCUGCUGCAAUUAACUUAUAAUUAAGUUCCAUCCUAUUAUUACUAUUCCUCUUACCUCGGGCAGUGUAAAAAUCGUUUAGUGAUACGUUGCGCGAAAUUCUUACGGUCACCUUAUCGGGGACAAAACAAUCUUGGUUGUGUUAGUUAUCUAGUGAGGACAUAGUGCAGCAUUUUUAAAGGAAGAGGCGAAUAGUUAUCAAUAACCAGCCAAUGAGAAGGCAUUCAUUCUAAACUGAAGGUUUAAUGAAUUCACAAGCAUGGAGAUAGUGCGUGACAUAAAUACAUAUUGAAUGUGCAUAUGAAGCGAGUGUUCAAAUCAAUGUGAGCUUUCGAGGAUUGAUCGCAAUCAACAGGUAAUAGUGGAUUUAAUAUGAAAUAUGUGGUAAAAGUGAAAUAAAUGAAGAAUUCAAAAAAUUUUACAUAUUUUUGUAUCACUAUCAACCCUGAACACCAGUGAAUACCGCGAACGUAAGUGAACAAAAGUGGAGCAAAAUUUACUUUUUUAUUACACCACCCGCAUAUCGGUUGAAUAAAAACUAAUACAAACAGCCCGUUGAGCGUGCGCCAUACUGUUAACCGGAGUGUUUGUCUCUACUCGUUACCUGUCAGAGUCAUUUCACUAUACUCACUUAGAACCGUCACGACGUUCUAUUCAGCUACAGCAUAUGUCAUCUUCCAGUCAUCGUUGGAGGUGAGGCGAGGCCAUUGCGUGAAUGAAUAUGCACCGAUACCGAUUGCCGAAGGUGCUGCCGAUGCUGCCUGUGCUGUUGAUGUUUAGCUGAAUUCUAUAACCAUCUCUACGAACAUUAGGUUUCGAUGUGUACCGAAAAUUUACCGCCUGGAUGACGCGAGUAUUCUAAACAACAGCCGUCCUCCAGUUGGUUCAGUAUCGUGACAAACCAUUGCUGUCAGCCUGUGACGACUGUUUCUUUUUUUCACUAACAAGGGUGCACCAAGUGGCUAGUGCUUAUACCGAUCGAAAUUCGUUGUUAGUCUAUCAGCUGAUCAGAGUUCAACUCUCCGUUAUGAUCAAGUAAAGUUGACUGAUCAAUUGUGAUAUUAGGGUCGAGAAACUGCAGAGUACAAAUUAAUUAACCUUAAUUAAUCGUAACUUUCAAACGUGCUGUAAGCAUCUCAUUGCCUUGUUCGAAAUAAAAAGAUAGGAGAGCACAUUAUCAAUUAUUUAAUAUCAAUUCAAUGGAUACUGCAAAGAGGUUAGUUGUAGUUGAAGAUCAAGAACAGUUGCAGCGAGCAAAAUAUAAAGAUGAUGGUAAGAAAAAAGUGAAGAAAAAAGUCGAUUUCACUGGCAGUGCAGUUCAGGACGAAGUCGUCUCAGACAUGGCUGUAAAAAAUGCUUCCACCGAUGCUAAAAAUUCAAUGACAGAUGAUGAUUUUGAGAAUAUUAUCGCACAAACUAUGCAGGACCUGGAUACUAUAAAAUCGGAUUCUGACAGUGAUUUCGGAGAUGAUCAUGGUCUCCCGAUAAAAAAAACCAUCAACCAAUCAAAAUCAGCCCGAAAAAAGAACAUUGGUUCUUCAAGUGAUAGUAGUGUAAGCGAUGUCGAAGAAGAUGUAUAUUCUUGGAUCGAAAAUUGUCCAAAAUCUCCCAAAAGUCCCAAACGGACAGAGCUCCUUCCGUAUACAGCUGCCCAUUCACUUCUGCUACGAUUCGGCGAAAGGCGGAGGUUAUCAGAAUGCUUAGAGGAAGAUGAGGAAGAAGACAAACCUAACGGCACAAAAGAUAUUAGUGCAAACCGCAAAAUUCAUCUUGAAUCUAGAGACAAUCUUGCAAAGCAAUCUCCCGGAAAUUGCGAUUCUAAUGCAGUUCGUAAAUCAAGAUUCAUGGUAACUAAAGCUAGUGAGCUCCCUCAGUUGCGGCCAGAAUCACUUAAUCUGAGACCUUUGACGGCUGCGCAAAACUCGCAAACUAUUCAUUUUCCCUGCAGUCAGUUGACUUCCUCCUCGAAUCGAUUGUCUCUAAAAAGCAUCUUUCCUCCCGAAUCUCCAUUUCCGCAUCUAGACAAACGUUUUUUCGACACAUCGCUGGUCGAAAUUCGACCAAUCACUUCCAGUAUUACAAGCGUGGCCAGUGCUGGCCUUUCCAGAGAAAACGUCUCCGCCAAUUCUACUACCGGCGGUACUUCUAAAAAUAUUCCAUUUGAACUGGAUGAAGUGUGGGUCAAACGAACAGAUGUAGAGCCAACACCAAAGAAAUCAUCGGCGUCCACAGGUAUUUCGACAGUGAGCGCUAAAUCUGCAACAUUGCCAUCGACUUUAAAAUCGACGAUGCCACCUUCACUGACGAAAGGGAAUAAAAGCACCGGCAGUACCAGUAGCGAUUCAACCGAUGGCGGUUCACAAUUCCAGAGACCCUCAACUGCACCUGCUGCAACAGAUUCAGCUCGGUCUUCUAAGCGACAGAAAAAGAGUGAAAGAGAAGCCAAAAAGCAGGAAAAGGAACAGAAGAAAAUUGAACGGGAAACUGCUCGACGUUUAGAGCGGGAGGCAGCUAAGUUGGAAAAACUUCAUCGUAAACAUGAAAGCAUAUCCCGUAGCACGGAGCGUGUCAGUGGAGGUCGCUCUGGGUCUCUUGAAAGGCGGAAAAGUGGCGAUGAAGGCCCAGUACUGAAUCAGUCAACAGUGCACGGUAUUGCCAGUCCCAAUCGACGUCCGACAAUUUUCGACGUGUUUCGCACGCGGAAAGGGUCAGAUUCAAAGAAGAAGAAAGAUGAUUCAAGUAAAUCAGGCUCCGAUAGAGACAGUACCAAUGGAAGUGGCACUCUUGGCGGUUCCGGAGGUCUCAUGAACAGUAUGAAAGCGGCUUUGCAUGUUGGUGGUCGACACAGCCAUCACACGGGUACAAGUGCACAACCAACUAACGUGACAACAAAAGUACGUGAUGGAUCGGCUCAUCCGCAUGCGGGUAGUGACGCGCAGUACUACCAUACAGUGACAGCCGUUCGUCGCGCGGACGCCGGUAAGUCUCCAAUGACUAAGGUGAUGGACUUGUUCAGGCAUCGUUCUAAUUCAGCUGUAUCCGAAGCAGAUAAGCGUAAGGCGCGAGCUGCAGCGCAACACCAACAGCAGCUAGCAGCCCAGACGGCUCAUAUGCGACGGGCUUCAGCAGAACUAGCGGAAAGACGUCGCGCGUCAUUGGGUGCAAAUCGAGGAUUACGUGCGGACGGUACGCUUGAUCCUUAUCACGCUGCCAUUCUAUUCCGAGAUUCACGAGGGCUCCCGGUUGCUGAUCCGUUUCUGGAGAAGGUCAACUUGUCUGAUUUAGAAGAAGACGAGUCGCAGAUCUUCGUAAAGUUCUUCCGAUUCCACAAGUGCUAUGAUUUGGUGCCAACUUCGGCCAAGCUAGUCGUCUUUGAUACUCAGCUUCUCGUGAAGAAAGCAUUUUAUGCGCUUGUCUACAAUGGCGUCAGGGCAGCGCCGUUGUGGGACUCGAAGAGACAGGAGUUUGUCGGCAUGCUGACAAUCACCGAUUUCAUCAAAAUUCUUAAAAUGUACUACAAAUCGCCCAACUCUUCGAUGGACGAAUUGGAGGAACAUAAAUUGGAAACGUGGAGAAGUGUUCUUCAGGAAGAAGUUAAAAACUUAGUUAGUAUUGGACCGGACGCGUCGUUGUACGAUGCUAUUAAAACGCUUAUUCACAACCGAAUCCACAGGUUGCCAGUGAUUGAUCCGCUCACGGGCAACGUGUUGUAUAUUUUAACUCACAAACGAAUACUUAGAUUCCUGUUCUUAUACAUUAAUGAACUUCCGAAACCAUCAUACAUGCAGAAGACACUUCGCGAAAUUCGUAUUGGUAGUUACGAUAAAAUAGAAAUCGCAACAGAAGACACCACCAUCAUUACGGCGCUGUACAAGUUUGUAGACCGACGAGUAUCUGCUCUGCCGAUAGUCGAUGCCGAGGGACGUCUAAAAGAUAUAUACGCCAAAUUUGAUGUUAUUAAUCUAGCAGCUGAAAAAACGUACAACGAUUUGGACGUUUCAUUGAAAACAGCAAACGAACAUCGGAAUGCAUGGUUUGAAGGGGUACAAAACUGCAAACUAGACGAAACAUUGUACACGGUUAUGGAAAGAAUUGUUCGAGCCGAAGUCCAUCGAUUAGUGGUAGUGGACGAGAAUGAGAAAGUUAUAGGAAUCAUUUCCCUAUCGGACAUUCUGCUCUAUCUUGUUCUGCGGCCUACUGGAGAUGGUAUUGGAAACUCCGAGUCACUACGCGCAACGGAUCUUCGACUACUCAAAUCCCCUAGUAAAUUGAGUCAAGCGAAAUUAGACAGCAACGAAAGCAUUGAAGAAGAAAAAGAACCUUCUGCAGAAUCCGAAGAGGAACCUAAUAACGCGGCAGAAGACGAUAAAGCUAUUGAAAAGACUGAUCAGGUAGACAAGGAAAUCGAAAAUGAAGAUCCUUAUCCUGCUGAUGAUGCAACACCAGCUGAACAGGACAUUGAGGGCGAAAAUGAGGAUCCAUUAGCGGAAUCCCCUAUUGACCACAGUGGCAAUGAUUCCCCCGUCCAAGACAUGCUAAACGAAAAACAGACAACCAUUCGUGAUACACUAACAGCAAAUGUCCAAAGAGAAAUUGGUUUGGUUAGUGAAUAAUUGUACAGAAUUUUUCGGAAGAGACUUUUCCGUAUUUUUCAAUUGUACAUCUUGUUCAUUUCCGUUCUUUGCUUUAUCCUUGUCAACUUUGGAAAACUGUGCAGUAGUGAAACAUCCUCACGAUUGUAUUUUUAACAAAACAACACUCAAAACUAAAUUCUUUUCAGUUCAUGUAUCAUACUCUUUUCGCCAUAUUUUGUAAUUUAGCGUAGGCAAGAAGAAAAUGAUAAUAAAAAACUAAAUUUGUUGCAAAAAGCACAUAGAAGGCCUUAUCAAUAUACACACUGAGCAACAAAACGAAUCUAAUAUUUUGAAUAAAGAAAUAAAUCGACACGUGAUGAAUGUCAAGAGUUGUGAUUGAACUGCUACUAAACGUUUGUUUUUGGUCUGAUCGAUUCGCGCUAUUGUGGAGAGCAAGGGGCAUUUUUUCGAUUUUUUACUGCUUGGAAUAGGAUAUGCUGUAUAACUUGAUAUAAUUGUAAAAAGUACAAAAACCAAAAGCGUUCAAAUGAAGAGACUAUUUGGCUUUCGGCAUCAGCAGAACAUCUACCUACCAUUGCAAAUCUUUCUGACAGUUUUCUUCUAACACGGCUAUUAAAAAUAGUGAGCAAGAGUGGAUAAAAAACUAAUGAAGAAAUAGUUUACUCCUCUGCAGAGGGUUUAUUUAUCUUUUAUCGACAUCGGACGAAACCAAACUUAUUUCGGUACGUUUAUUUAAAUCAAAUCUAUAUGAGGUAGCAAUAAGCAAAACCAAUAAAGUUACACAUUAAUAUAGUAAAUUAUGCUUUGUGAUGCGACAGUAACAGCAUUACAACUACGAAUGUGCAAGCAAACACGCUACAAGCAGGAAAAGAUGUAUAAUAAAAGGAUAUCUUAGUAGCGCUUUUCGCAACUUUCAUCCAUUUUUCGAUAACCAGUAAUAAGUACUUCAUAUCUGUAAAUUAUUAACCAAAAAGAGAUCGCUUUGUCAGACUAAAAAUUUUUGCAUGUGCAAAAGAGGUUUGGCAAUUUAAUACGCGAAAAAAAGUUAAACUAUACCAAUGCAGAGAAAUGUACAUUAAAACUGUUGAUAUUCAAUUAGAGAGCGUAGUUUAAUAUAUAUGUAAAAUAAAAAAAAAGUAGUGCUAUAAAACUGCUAUUGAACUUAAUUACUAAAAAAACUACAAAUUUCAAAUAAAAACAGUUAUAAUUGCAAUACCAA